AUGCCACACCCAUCAGUUUUCGGACUGUCCGGCUACGCGCCUCUGAGUGCUGUCGGUGCGCGAGCCGACCGGAACGUCAAGAUCUAUCCUGACCUGGCCAAUGCGGAAGGUUAUGGAUCUCACAUCGACUACACGUGGAAGCUGCAUGGCAUCCCCAGCUACGUGUACACCUCUCUCGGUCUGUCCAAUGGAGAUCUCGAGCGCAACAACUACCGCAUCGUAGAAUCUCGGGACCCCAAAGGGGACUCAGACGCCAAAGGCGAUGGACCGUUCAAAGUGACUCGCACGGGUACCCAGCUUCUCGAAAAACGGCUCGAAUGCGGCGGUCAGGACACGCCGCAGGCACCUUCAGAUGCCCCUGCUGCCAACUGCCACACCAACCACGCGGCCACGCUGGAAGACUGUGCGCCUCUGUACUUCAUGAUGAGUAAAGAUGUAGUGUAUUGCAGAGAAUACGACCAGAAUGGCCGUACGGGGGCCAUGUACCGCUCGUGCGGCCUCAUCUCUCAGCGCGGACGCAUCGCCAACCCGUGCAUCUCGUACGCGGCGAUUGCAUACGAUGCCCUGCCCAUCAUUGACGAAUGCUGGCCUCGAGAUGGGCCUAAUUCGUGCAAGAACUGGCGCAGCGGUGUGAUUGCGGGCUCCAACGACCGACCCAAGACGUGUGCCUGCAACAACGAGAGCGUCGGCAAAUGCUAG